AAUCUGUCUGUGGUGCCUUUAUCUUGGCUGUGGUAAUUUGAUAGAUGUUGUGCUGCGAUUUAGCCAGAUUUUGAAUUAAAAAUUAUGUUCCUAGAAAUAUUUGUAAAGACUCAGUAAAUCUGCAUCCUGUAUCCUUACGCUUAUCUUGUUCACAAGUUAACAGAAACAGAUUGCAAAUGUCAAUAUGUCAGGAUCUCGGCCUUAAUUUCCAACAGAGAAUGGGCGCAAACAUAUCACAGUUGGAAAGAGAUAUUGGAUCGGAACAGUUUCCACCUAAUGAACAUUAUUUUGGUUUAGUCAAUUUUGGUAAUACAUGUUAUAGCAACUCCGUAUUGCAAGCGCUGUAUUUCUGUAGGCCAUUUAGAGAGAAAGUUUUAGAGUAUAAAGCUAAAAAUAAAAGGACUAAAGAGACUCUGUUAACAUGUCUUGCUGAUUUAUUUUAUAGCAUUGCAACCCAAAAAAAGAAAGUAGGUUCAAUUGCACCUAAAAAAUUCAUUGCUAGGUUGAGGAAAGAAAAAGAGGAGUUUGAUAACUAUAUGCAGCAAGAUGCCCAUGAAUUUCUAAAUUUUUUAAUAAAUCAUAUUAAUGAGAUUAUUUUAGCUGAAAGAAAUCAAAGUACACUAAAAAUUCAGAAAAAUACACCUGAAAAUGUGACUUGCAAUGGCACUCUACCACAAAACACAGAACCAACUUGGGUUCAUGAAAUAUUUCAGGGAACUCUUACUAGCGAAACUAGGUGCUUGAACUGUGAAACAGUGAGCAGCAAGGAUGAACAUUUUUUUGAUUUACAGGUGGAUGUUGGACAGAAUACAAGUAUCACCCACUGUCUGAAGUGCUUUAGUGAUACAGAGACUCUAUGCAAUGACAACAAAUUUAAGUGUGAUCAUUGUAGCAGCUACCAGGAGGCCCAAAAGCGUAUGCGUGUUAAGAAACUACCGUUGAUCUUGGCGUUACAUUUGAAACGCUUCAAAUACAUGGAACAGUAUAAUAGGCAUAUCAAAGUGUCACAUCGUGUAGUCUUCCCACUAGAAUUGAGACUGUUUAACACUUCUGACGACGCCGUGAACCCGGACCGGCUGUACGACCUGGUGGCGGUGGUGGUGCACUGCGGCUCGGGCCCCAACCGCGGCCACUACAUCAGCAUCGUCAAGAGCCACGGCUUCUGGCUGCUCUUCGACGAUGACAUGGUGGAUAAAAUUGAUGCCUCUGCAAUAGAAGACUUCUACGGCCUAACUUCAGACAUACAAAAGUCAUCUGAAACUGGUUACAUACUAUUUUAUCAGUCGAGAGAUGCUAGUUGUUAAAUGUUUGCAUUAACUAUUAUAAUAUAUAGUAAUUUAUAAUAUUUAUAUAAAAUAGUCACUAUGAUAGAUCAUGUUAAAUUAUAAUGCCACAUUUGUUAAAGUUAAAAAGGCAUUAUUAUUAUUGAUUUUUUUUAAAUCCUUAAUUAUUAUUCAACUUUUAGAAUUCAUUCAACUGUAAAUACAAUUCAUUUCAAAAUAAACAGUUGUGAUCUUUCUGAUAAUAUCGAAAUUUAUUUGUUGAACUGACCUAUAUGUAUUCUCUCCUUUACGUGCAUAGAGCAACACGGACGCGACCAGGAGGAAGUAGCCCUAUGCAGCUUACCUCUCUGUCAAAGUAUAUGCCUACGAGAGAUUUAGCGGUGAAUUACGUUUUAUGCGUUAUUUUUAUUUAGCUAUGUAUGCAGAACAACACACAUUCCACUCCGCAAAAAUUGCCAGAACGAUUUGAAUAGAAGGAUUGUUAUAAGUCUUCCCUUUCGGGUCGCGUAUCACGCUACGGGGGAAUGAGCAACACAAUUUACAUUAUAUCACGUUAAA